AUAUAUACCAAAGAGGCGGGAAAGAUUAAACCCUAGUACCCAACCUUUGAGAAAUUAAAGCUUCUUUUCAUCUUGCUGCGACAUUGUUUUUCUAAUUUCUAUCCCAAAAAUGGGAAUUAAGGGUUUAACGAAGUUAUUGGCGGACAAUGCGCCAAGGGGAAUGAAAGAGCAGAAAUUCGAGAGCUAUUUUGGCCGUAAAAUAGCCAUCGACGCUAGUAUGAGCAUUUACCAGUUCCUGAUUGUGGUAGGACGAAGCGGUACGGAAAUGCUCACGAAUGAAGCUGGGGAAACUACUAGUCAUUUGGUUGGGAUGUUUUCGCGGACAAUUAGGCUUUUGGAAGCUGGAAUCAAGCCAGUUUAUGUUUUUGAUGGGAAGCCCCCAGAUCUGAAGAAAGAAGAACUUGCAAAACGUUACUCUAGAAGGGAAGAUGCCACAGAUGAUUUGGCUAAGGCUACAGAGAUUGGCAACAAGGAGGAUAUUGAGAAAUUCAGCAAGAGAACCGUAAAGGUUACACCCCAACACAAUGAUGACUGCAAGAAGCUUCUUAGACUGAUGGGUGUACCUGUUGUUGAGGCUCCUUCUGAAGCAGAGGCUCAGUGUGCUGCACUUUGCAAGGCCGAAAAGGUCUAUGCUGUAGCCUCAGAAGAUAUGGAUUCCUUAACUUUUGGAGCUUCAAGGUUUCUUCGCCAUUUAAUGGAUCCUAGCUCCAAAAAGAUUCCAGUGAUGGAAUUUGAUAUCUCCCAGAUAUUAGAGGAGCUCGAACUUAGUAUGGAUCAGUUCAUUGACUUGUGCAUUCUCUGUGGAUGUGAUUACUGUGAUAGCAUCCGAG